AUGUCGAAUACGCAGGUCGGAAAUAUCUAUCAGCAGAUCAUUGCGGAUGUCGUCGAAAGCUCCAGAGUCGAUUUCGAGGAGGGUGGCGUUGAUGAACACGUUCUCGAGGAGUUAAGACAGGGAUGGCAACAAAAGCUGUCUCAACUUCAGGUCGCUACCUUCCCAUGGGACCCGAAGCCUGAACCACAACCCAUCGUCAAUCCUCCUACGGUCCCCUCAAAUGUUGGCAAUUAUCAGCCCAUGAGUGCCCCGCCCCAAAACUUUGUUCCUCAGCCUCCACAGAACAAUGCUCCUCGCAUCAAAACCGAGCCCGGUCUCGAAAGUCCGAUGACUCAGCAGCCAACCUUCCAGAAACCAGUCCUCACCAACCCUAAUGCCACCACCGCUCAACAACGGGCUGCCCAGCAUCUUCAAGCCAGUUAUGGGCAAAGGGCUGCCGCAUCUAUUAAUGCGAUUCAAGGCAAUGUUCCACAACCACCACAGAACGUCCAGCAAGCUGUGCACCAGCAACAACAACAGCAGCAACAGCAACAGCAACAGCAGCAACAACAGCAGCAGCAGCAACAGCAACAACAGCAGCAAGCAUUUAACCAACAGCAAAUGUCGCAGAUGCAACAGCAGCGUCCACAACCAAUGCAGCCCCAGAGACCCCAAAUGACCCAGGAGCAGUACAGACAUGCAAUGGCUCAGCAGGCCGCCCAGGCUCAACAGCGUCUUCACAGCCAGAAUGGCGUUAGCGGUGCGCAGACUGAUGGUGCUGGUGAUGAGAUUGAGGAAUCGUUUGGUGUGAUUAAGUGCGGUGAGGAGACCAUGGGACGCAUUCAAAUUGACAACAUGAUCCGGGAGAGGAUAAUGGCUAUGGGCCAAAGUAUGGAAGGUGGUGGACUGAUGCUGCCUUUGCAUCAAGCUACUAAUGCGCAGAAGCGCCGUCGCAAGGUUGUUAGGACAGAGGGUGCGGGCAAAGGACAGCAUGAUGGACCUGGUUCGGAUGACGAUGAUGACAAGGAUGGUGUGAAGGAUGAAUUGGAUGAGGAUGCAAUCAAUUCCGAUUUGGAUGACCCGGAUGACGGCUUGAACGAGGAAGAGGAUGAUGAUGAAGGCAUGGGACACAUCAUGCUCUGCAUGUAUGACAAAGUGCAGAGGGUCAAGAACAAGUGGUACUGCGUGAUGAAAGAUGGAGUUCUGACGGUCAACGGCAAGGAAUACGUUUUCCACAAAGCGACCGGAGAGUACGAGUGGUAA